GAAAUACAGGUCCAUUACACCGUAAGUAGGCUGUUUGGCGACAUGAUCGAAGUGUAAAACCAUACAACAGUGAGAAACUUGUGGUUCUGCUCUCAUACUCUUGUCACUUCUCGUCUGCUUUUCUCUUUCCGGCUUAACCAAAUCGCCGUAAACGACCGGCAUCUCCAUUCCCACCAUCUUCUCUCUCUCAAUUAUUCUUCUUAAUCUCUCUCGCAAGUUUGUGUAUAAACUUGCUCUGUUUUGUAAUCUUGACUGGUGUUUUCUUUUGGUCGUAAAAGUAAGGAGUUCUGAAUCUUCUUUUCUUUCGUGGAAUCUUGAGACUGUUUCUGAAUGGCGUCUGCGUUUAUGCAAGGAGUUGGAGCCACGACGGCUCUCUCGUCGGCUAAUUACAAGAAUUCUUGCUUCGCUUCUCCCAGAUCGCUCCCAGAGAGGAAAGGAAGCUUCUUUGUUAUUCGUUCUGAUGGAAGUUUGAGCUCUGGCUUGAACCCUCGCAAUAGUAGGAGAGGAACAUUGUCUACUAAUGCAGUUGCAACGAAGCAAGACAAUGUAACAGCUUCUACUGCAUCCAAGCCCGGGCAUGAGCUUUUGCUAUUUGAAGCUCUCCGUGAAGGUUUGGAGGAAGAGAUGGACAGAGAUCCACGUGUCUGUGUAAUGGGCGAAGAUGUGGGCCAUUAUGGAGGUUCAUACAAAGUGACCAAGGGCUUGGCCACCAAGUUCGGUGAUCUCAGGGUUCUUGACACACCCAUUGCUGAAAACUCCUUCACUGGCAUGGCCAUAGGAGCUGCCAUGACCGGCCUGCGUCCCAUAGUUGAGGGAAUGAACAUGGGUUUUCUCCUUCUGGCUUUUAAUCAGAUCUCGAACAACUGUGGCAUGCUUCACUACACAUCUGGUGGGCAGUUUAAGAUACCAGUAGUCAUCCGUGGACCUGGUGGAGUUGGUCGACAACUUGGAGCGGAGCACUCACAACGCCUUGAGUCGUACUUCCAGUCGAUUCCUGGGAUUCAAAUGGUAGCUUGCUCGACCCCUUACAAUGCCAAGGGGUUGAUGAAGGCUGCUAUAAGGAGUGAGAAUCCCGUGAUUCUCUUUGAGCAUGUUUUACUCUACAAUCUAAAAGAGAGGAUUCCAGAUGAAGAGUAUGUAUUGAAUCUUGAGGAAGCUGAGAUGGUCAGACCGGGUGAGCAUGUUACCAUUCUGACGUACUCCAGAAUGAGGUAUCACGUCAUGCAGGCUGCAAAGACUCUGGUCAACAAAGGAUACGACCCAGAAGUCAUCGAUAUCAGAUCGCUGAAGCCAUUUGAUCUUUACACAAUUGGGAAUUCAGUGAAAAAGACUCAUCGUGUGCUCAUUGUGGAGGAAUGCAUGAGAACUGGAGGUAUUGGCGCCAGCUUGACGGCAUCCAUUAAUGAAAAUUUCCAUGAUUAUUUGGAUGCCCCGAUUGUGUGCUUGUCGUCACAGGACGUACCAACUCCAUAUGCGGGAGUUCUGGAAGAAUGGACAGUGGUUCAACCUGCACAGAUUGUGGCUGCAGUGGAGCAGCUUUGCCAGUAGUCCCAGCGAGUUGAGUUAUGUUUGGGUAAAAUAGCAAACAUAAGAUUCUAUUUAGGUAUGUAUUAAAAUUGCAAAUCAAAUAAUGUGGUUUGCAGCUUCAUUUGGAUGGUGGUAUUGCCAAAUUUUGUAAGAAAUUUUAGGUUUGUUGAAGUUGUGGUUGCUCUGUAAUUUCUUUUUCUCUUGUCAUAACUGGUGUUUUCGUUUGAGACUGAUGAACUAGUUGAAUUGUUGGUUGUUUUUACCAUGAAA